CGCUUGGUCCUACAUAUUCCUUCCUGAAGAGGCCUGGUGUGAUCUCACCAUCCACCUGCCCGCUGCCGUUCUGCUCAAGGAGAUUCACAUACAGCCGCACCUGGCAUCCCUCGCUACAUGCCCAUCCUCAGUGUCUGUGGAGAUCAGCGCAGACGGUGUAAACAUGCUUCCCCUGUCGACCCCAGUCAUCACUAGUGGUCUCACGUACAUUAAAUUCCAGCUGGUAAAGGCAGAGGUGGCGUCUGCCGUGUGUUUGAGGUUGCACCGGCCGCGGGACGCCAGCACACUGGGCCUCUCACAGAUUAAGCUACUGGGUCUGACUGCUUUCGGAAACACUUCCUCUGCCACUGUAAACAAUCCUUUCCUGCCCUCUGAGGACCAGGUCUCCAAAACCAGUAUUGGCUGGUUACGGUUGCUGCAUCAUUGCUUGACUCACGUUUCUGAUCUGGAGGCCAUGAUGGCCAGUGCUGCCGCUCCCACAGCAAACCUCCUGCAGACCUGCGCUGCCCUCCUCAUGUCCCCGUACUGCGGCAUGCACUCGCCCAACAUUGAGGCGGUGCUCGUGAAAAUCGGCCUGCAGUCCACACGCAUAGGCCUCAAACUCAUUGACAUUUUGCUGCGUAACUGUGCUGCUUCUGGCACUGAUUUGGCCAAUCUGAACAGUCCGCUGCUCUUUGGGAGGUUAAAUGGCCUCUCAUCAGACUCAACUAUAGACAUUCUCUACCAGCUGGGCACCACUCAGGACCCCGGUACCAAAGACAGGAUCCAGGCUCUGCUACAGUGGGUGUACGACUCGUCCCGGGUUGCUGCCCUGAAGCAGA